UUGAUUGAAAGGCCAAAAAUACUCCAUAAUCCACAGCUUACCAAAAUUCACGACCAUUGAUUCAAGUGAGAUAGGGGAUGGUAGGGUGAUAUAAAUUAGCCCCUCAAAGAGUUGCUUAAGGUCUCUCACUACAAAUUCUACAAGGAAGUUAUUAGUUAAGAGAGUGCAGUGUGUGAAACAAAUUAAAUGGCUUCCUCUAUGCUCUCCAACGCCGCGGUGGCUACCACCGUUGUCAACCGCAAUGCUGGUGCUCAAGCUAGCAUGGUUGGGUUGAAAUCUGUUGCAGCUUUCCCACUUACCAAGAAGUCUACCAAUGACCUCUCUUCCCUCCCAACCAACGGUGGAAGAGUUCAAUGCAUGAAGGUAUGGCCAACACAAAACAUGAAGAGGUACGAGACUCUAUCGUACCUUCCACCUCUUACCACAGACCAGUUGGCGCGACAGGUCGAUUACCUUCUUAACAAUAAAUGGGUUCCUUGCUUAGAAUUCGAGACUGAACAUGGAUUUGUAUACCGUGAGCACCACAAUUCCCCAGGGUACUAUGACGGUCGUUACUGGACAAUGUGGAAGUUGCCGAUGUUCGGGUGCACUGACCCGGCCCAGGUUUUGAAUGAGCUCGAAGAAUGCAAGAAGGAGUACCCCAACGCCUUCAUCCGUAUCAUUGGAUUCGACAGCAACCGUCAAGUCCAAUGUGUCAGUUUCAUUGCCUACAAGCCUGAAGGCUACUAAGUAAGGAGUACUAUACUCCGUGUAUUUGAUUCUUUUUUUCCCGCAAUUUUUGUUGUUGAAUUGCAUAAUGUAUUUGGAGAGAAUUCUUCAUUGAAUAUUUAAAGAAAAUCAUUCCUAUCCUA